ACAUCCGUUCUAUCCAAUGUUUGAAAAAUUACGAAUACUUAUUUCAGUGUCAAAUGACAAAGAAAAUUUACAAAAAAAUAAAAAAUAAAAUGUUCAAUUAGAUAUUUACUCAGCAGGCAUUUGUUUCACUAGCAAAGCUAUAGUAUAUCCAAUUCUCUAUACCAGUUCAUUUUCUACCUCGGCCUAAAUUACAUGAAAUAUUUUUAGUUACAAAAUUUUUGGAAUAAAAUCUCUUCACCCGCAGAAUGGAAUCUAAAAAAGAGAUUAGCAACAUUUACGCCCCCAAAACUUUGAUCUAUAUGCUCGAGUUCGUAAUUGAUGAUUUGCUGAUUACGCGCCAGAACUUAUGCGCGCCCGAAGAGUAUCCUACUUGUGUGGAGAUUACAUUUCGCUCUACGGUGUUUGUGAGCAUCUGUGAUCGUGAGUAUGGAGCCUGCGUAAAUCCCAAGGCGCCCAAGUGCUGCAAAUGUUGUAUAUUCGCGCUGGAAGCGCCGGUAACGGACAAGGAUCGACUGCUCAUACAUGUGUAUAAGAAAAAGACGAGUCGUUGUAAGUUUCUGAUUGGGCUGACAGAGUUGCCAAUGAAACCAAUCUUCGAUCGGGUGAAGGAAUCUUUCGAUGCUGAAAAUGUUAACUGGGAAAAGAUUUGGAGUGAACAGCUCCAGCAUGUCCCGAAACUGAAGGGCACCAACAGGGAAAUCUUGGAUAAUUGCGCCUGCUAUGAUCGCGGCAAUGAGCGUCGCGAACAAUUGUGCCAAACCUCUGAGAUAACCAAACGCCUGUUGCCGCUCUUCAAUCUCUGCAAACAGCAGACCGGAAAUAUUGUGUUAAUCAUAAGAUUGGUCUGCAAUGGGCCGUCACUCGUAUCCUCUUUUCCACUUAACACUUCAAUCUGUUCACGGAAUCCAGUUUGUCCUCCACCCUGCUCACCCUGUCCACCUUGUGGAAAAAGUAAGCCUUGUUGCGAUCCCCCACGUUGCCCAGAAGAUCCCUGUGAUCCCUGUUGCGGCGGUGGAUCGGCAAGCGCCACUGGCGGUCCUAUGGAUACUGGCAAAAAAUGCUGUAAGGGCACUUGUCCACCUUGCCCGCAACCAUGCUGCGUUCAGAAAGAUCCCUGCCAGCGUCCAAAGGAAGAGCCCAAGAAGUGCCUGCGUUACUUUGCCUGCAACUUGGACAAGAUGUGCCCCUGUGAUAUGUGUGAGGAUGAGUUCGACCGCGAAUGUCCCACUGUGCCGAGUAAGCAACCGUGCAAGUCGGUCAUUGAACAACGCCUGCAACCUUGUGGUCCAUGUGGUGGCGUUCCAGAACAUCCCCGAUUCGUGCAACUGCAAAAGCAGUCGGACUUCGAGCAGGCUCGCACUGAAAAACAGAUAGAAGAUAAGCAAAAGGAGAAGGAAAAGAAAAAGGGCAAAGUACGUCAGUCUGGCGGCGGAGUGUACUGUGAUGACUCAUCUGUACCGUGUUGCUGCAAUAAAAACCCGCAACAUGGUACCGAUCUCCCGGACAGCUGCAAUCAUUGUUGCCCCGAAUAUGCUAAUUGCUGUAGUACUGCGCGUAGUCGUGCAAUACGUCAAUUGCAUCAUCUUCUCCUCAAGUACAACAUUCAGGUUUAAUAACCUCUCACAUGUACAUCAA